AUAUGGGUCGGAGGCUUCAUAUUCUACUGGGUAUUCCUAUUUGGACCAGCUCUUCCUUCCAGCAAAAUCUAUACGGACUAUACUAAUAAAAUUAAUAAUCGAACUACAGAAUGGGCGCAAAUUAUUUUUGAUCUCAUGCCUGAACGAAAUGAUGAAAAUGGAAUGGAUAAUGCGAUUACGGUGGUCAAUGACAAGGUAUUUCCUUCUGAGUCGACCAUAAGUUCGAUUUUCUCCAUCGAGGGCAAGGACAAAGAACUAAAGACAAGACUUUGA